GUCAUCACCGUGCGCGGCGAAGACGCGCGGCCAUGGCGGCGGUGGCGGCGCCGCGGGCCCCUCCGGCCCCUCCGGCCGCGCCGCUGCUCGAGGCGCUCUCGGCGCUCUCGGCGCUGCCCCCGCACCGCGGGGCCCUCCCGGGGCUCGUCCGCGGCCUCCGUGACAGCGCCGGGACUCAGGCCGCCCUCGGGGGUCUCCUGGGCGUCGCCAGCGCCCGCCUGGGCUCCAUGAAGACGCGGUUCGAGGGGCUGUGCCUCCUGUCCCUAUUGGUCAGUGAGAGCCCCGGCGACGCCUUCCAGCAGCACUGCCUGGGCUGGCUCCGCCUCCUGCAGCACCUGCUCCAGUCGCAGGACCCGCCCCCCACGGUGGCUCUGGGGGUCUCGGUGCUGCGGGAGCUGCUUCGCUUCUCGGCGCAGCUGCCGGAGCUGGCGCGGGACAUCGGCACCAACCACAUCCCCGGGAUCCUCACCUCCCUGCUGGCCCUGCGGCCCGAGUGCGAGCUCUCCACGCUGGAGGGGAUCAAGUCCUGCCUCUCCUUCUACCCCGGCGCCUGCGGCUCCAUGAGGGGGAAGUUGGCGGCGCAUUUCCUGUCGCGCAUCGACAGCGACAGCCCCCGGCUGCAGCAGCUGGCCUGUGAGUGCUACGCGCUGCUGCCGGCGCUGGGCCGGGGGUUCUCGCAGGGGCUGCGGCACACGGAGUGUUGGCACCAGGAGCUGCAGGGAGUUCUGGCCACCCUGCACGGGCUGCUGGGGGCGCUCUUCGAGGGCUGUGAAACUGACCCGCUCCCGUACGAGGGUCCCGGGGUGGAGCUGCUGCUGCCCCCCCCCCCGGACGGCGACGCCGGGGGGGUCCUGACCCUGCACUCGAGAUUUUCGGGGCUCUGCCGCGUCCUCAGGCUGCUCCUGAGUAAGGAUUUCGUGGCUCCCGUCACCGUCCCAGUUCAGGACAUUCUGGACCUCGUCUGCCGCGCCCUCAACGUCACCACCAAGAACCUGAACUGGUUCGGGGAGGGGCCCCUGCGGGGGCUGCUGCUGCCUCAGGUGCACCUGGACGUGCUGGACGUGCUGGGGGCGCUGCUGCUGGCGUGCGGAGCGCGCCUGGUGCGUUGGGGGUCCCUCCUGGGCCGCCUCUUCCCGCAGGUUCUGAGCUCCUGGAGCGGCCCCCGGGACCCUCCCCCCGGGCAGGAGAGACCCUUCGGGGCGGUGCGGAGCCGCCUGUACCAGGUCCUGGAGCUCUGGGUGCAGGUGGCCGGCGCGGCCUCGGGGGUCCUGCAGGGCCCCGGGACCCCCGGCGAGGUUCUCCUGUCCCACCUGAUCAGCGACAUCAGCCCCCCCAGCGAGGGGGCCAAGCUGCGGGCGGAGCCCAAACCCAGCGCCCCCAAACGGCCGAAAUUGGGGGAGGGGCUGGAGGGGCCCCCCCUGCACCGCAAAGGGGAACCGGCGGCCAACAGCGACACCUGCGCCGCCGCCCUGGCAGCCCUGCGCAGGAUCGUCCUCACGGGGGGACCCCUGAUCAAGGAGGAGACGCACAGGCGCCUGCAGGAGCUGGUGGUGCCGCUGGCGCUGCGCCUGCCCCAGACCGUCCCGCUGGAGAUUUCGGGGGGCCCCGUCCCGGUUUCGGGGUCCCCCUACGCCAGUUCCCGCUGCCGGGGGGCGCUCUACGGGCUGCUGCAGGCGCUGCUGCUCGGGGCCCCCCCGGGGGCCGCACCCCCCCUGCACUGCGCUCUGCGGGCCUUCGGGCAGGGCCAGAGGGACCCUGAUGUGCAGGUCUCCUCGCAGUGCCGCGAGUCGCUCCUGCUGCUCUCCAGCGCCCUCUGCCGCCCGUGGCUGCCCCCCGCGCCCUCCCCUCCCCCCUCGGGCCCCUCCCCCCACUCCCCUCCCCCUCCCUUCCGCCCCCUCCCCCCACCCAACCCCUCCGACCUCCCCUCCCCCCUCCCCCCUCCCCCUCCCCCUCCAUUCCCGGGGGGCGGCAAAGCGGAACCGCCGCCCCUCCCCCCACCGGCUGCUGUCUCAGGGGGGGAGGGGGAGGGUCCGGGUGGGGGAGGGGCGCCGGGGGGUGGGGGAGGGGCGCGGCCGCGCCGCCCGGUGUUCGUGCACUACGAGCGGGAGGAGCCGUCGGACGUGGAGAUUUCCCUGGAGAGCGACUCCGACGAUUCCGUGGUGAUCGUGCCCAAAAAAAGCCCCAAUUUCCCCCCCGGGCUGGGGGGAGGGGUGGCCGCCCCUCCCCCACCUCCGCCCCCUCCCCCACCGCCCCCUCCCCCGCCUCCCCCCACCCCCCCCGCCGCGCCGGAGCCAGGGGAGGGGCAGAGUGGGGGAGGGGAGGGGGGAGAAGUGGGGGAGGGGCAGGAGGGGGGGGUGGGGGAGGGGCCGGCGGUGAUCAACAUCAACAGCAGCGAGGAGGAGGAGGAGGAGGAAGAGGAGGAGGAAUUCGGUGAGGAAGAGGAGGAGGAGGAGGAGGAAUUCUUUGAGGAGGAAGAGGAGGAGUUUGAGGAAGAGGAGGAGGAGGAGGAGGAGGAGUUCGAGGAGGAGGAGGAGGAGGAGUUCGAGGAGGAAGAGGAGGGGGAGGGGCUGUCCGAGGAGGAGGAGGAGGAGGAGGAAGAUGAGGAGGAAGCAGCGGGGGAGGGGCCGGCUGAAGGCGGUGGGGGAGGGGCGCUGCUCCUCAUGGAGGUGGACGAAGCUCCUCCCGCCCCUCCCCCACCCCCGAAGCCCCCCCCGAGCCCCUCCCCCACCCCCCGAGGGAUGAGGAGGAAGAGGAGGAGGGGGAGGAAGCAGCGCCGCCCCUCCCCCAACCCCAGCCCGCCGCCCCUCCCCCCCCCGCCCUCGAGGCCGCCCCCCACCCCUCCCCUCCCCCCCCCCGCCGGGGGUCUCAGCCCCCGCCCCUCCCCCCCCGCCCCUCCCCCACCCCUGCAGGAGGAGCCCCCGGAGCCCCCCCCGGGCACGGAGCAGGCGGGGUCUCCAUUUUGGAAGCAGGAGGAGCGGGACGAGACCACCACCAUGCUGGCCGACUUCAUCGACUGCCCCCCGGACGACGAAAAAACCCCCGAGACCCCCUUGUAAACCCCCCCAACGCCCCCAAAUUUCGGGGUUUUCCCCCCAAAAUAAACGCAGCCCCCUCCCCAAAUUCCCCCCGCGCUUUGAGUCCUCCGCGCCGCUAGAGGGCGCUGUCCGGAGCAGCCGAGUGGCGCCGUCGCCCCUUUGUGACGUUGCGGCUCCCAACCUGAUUUUUGGGGUU